UAUGUCAACUAAACACAUCUGGCAUAAUUUGACAUAAAAAGUGCAAAUUAUAGAAAAAAAUUAGAAUCCUCUAAAAAAUUACUAAAAAUGUGUUAAAAUUUUACAAAAAACUAAAAAAGGAAUAAGAAAAUCUACUCACUAAUUAUAUACAGUGAAAGUAAUAGUUAAAAAGGCAAACGAAAUGGCCCAGCCACCCACAAACGAUAACUCGGAAAGGGCCAACAACAAUGAGGAAAAUUCUAAUGCCGCAGCUCCUCUAAGUCCAGUGGUUAAAAUUAAACAAGAAAAAAUAGAUCCAGAAAUUGAAAAUAAAAUAAAGUUGCUGGAAGUAAAUAUAAAAACCGAACCUCCUGAAACUGGUGACACAGAGUCACAAACUACAAAUGGUCAUACGAAAACUAAAGAUACACAAGAUGACAGCGAUGAUGAGGAGGAGGAUUCUAAUGAUUCGGACAGUAGUUCACAGGAAAAUGAUGAUGAUGAAGAGGAGGAGGCGGAGAAUAGUAGAGAAGGCGAGGAAGAUGAAAAGAAAAAUAUCGAGCCGGUUAAAAGCUCCAAUGAGAUAUUAACCGAAUUAUUUCAAGUAUUCAAUGCGGCACCACCCGAGGAAUUGCUAGAUGAUAAGAAUUUAAUUAAAAAGGCUAAAAAGCAUAAAAAGGAAAAGAAAAAGAAGCAUAAGAAACAAAAAGGAGAGUGCGUAGAGCUAUUGGACGGCGAAGAGGGAGACAUAACGCCUGGAGAAAAACAUAAACAUAAGAAAUCUAAAAAGAAACACAAGCAUAAACACAAAGACGGCUCCAAGGAUAAGGAUAAAGAAAAAAGCAAAAGCAAAGACAAGGAAAAAGAUAAGGAAAGAGCAAAAUCAAAGGAUAAGGAAAAGGAUAAAAGUAAAAGUGAUAAAAAAUCUGCGGAACGAGAUAAAAGUAGAGAUAGAGCACGCAGUAAAGAUAGAGCUAGAAGUAAAGAUAGAGAUAAAAAUCUAAAGGAAUCUUUGGAUAAAUAUGAAAAGACAAAAUCCUCAACGGAACGUAAAAGACAUUACGAUAAAGAGGAUUCAAGAGCGGACACGGCCAGCAAACGUAAGAAAACCGAGGAAAAGGACAAAACAAAUUCCUUUUAUAAUGGUUUUAAAGAAAGGGAACAUUCACGGGAGAGAGUAGGCGAAAAGGAUAAGAUCAAAAUUAAAUUAGAACCUAAAGAGAGAAAAUCACGUCGUUAUUCGGAAGAGGAACAAAUUUCAGAAAUUUCACUUUCCGAUGAAGAGACUUACCUGAAAGAAAAAGAAACUCGAAGCAGUGAUUACAGUAAACGCAAACAGCACAAUAGCUUUUACGAUGGUGUCAAGCGCAGUCACAGCCGUGAUAAAGACAGGAGCGAAAGGCAUCGUGGUCAUAAUGAUGAAAGGUAUAGGGAACGUGAUAGAGACCGGGAUCGACAUCGGGAACGCGACAAUUCUUAUCGUAAUCGUGGCUUCUCUAGACCUUAUCACUCACGCUAUUCCCGUUCACGUUCCCGUUCUAGAUCAAGAGAUUUGGGUAUAGAUAAGAAACGUCUAUUGGAAAUUGCCCGUAAAAAUGCCAUUAGUAUGUUUAAACGUGGUAAUCUGCCGGGCUGUGAUAAUAUGUCGCAAGAGAUCAAGGAUAAGGUGCUACUAAAAAUGCGUUAUGGCGGACGUACCGUAGAAGAUUUGACGGAAUUUUGCAAGAAAAUCUCAAAUGGUGAAAAUCUUUCGGAUCUUUCAUCCGAUGAAGAUUCUGAUGUCGAUAAGGCGGGCAAUACUAAAGCUUUCCAUCAUCCCUUCCAGCUGAAAGAACGCGAACCCAUAGUCAUGCAUAUACGCAACUCGAAGCCUAUUUUACCGAUUUUAGCUAAAACCGAAGAACAAACAAAAGCCAUAACCAUGCAAUUUCCAGUUUCCUCGGGACAACAGCAUCGCAUGACCGAACACUGGGUGCCCGUUGAAACUAAGGAUAAUUUGGCGCCUCUUCCUGCUCUACCAACUGCUUCACAGUCUACCACGAUAUUUAAAAGUAAUUUACCUAAAAAUGCCUUAGGUAAACCUUUACCUAUGGCUGAGGAGCAAGAACCGGCAUUUAAACCGGUACCGGCUCCCAAUAGUGAAAGCACAACGUUAGAAACACCUGCUCUACCUUUGCCUGCAGUCGAAGCAGGAGUUGCAACAGCUUUAGCUGCCAUUCCAACGCCUGUGGCUGCUCCUCUUGCAAUACCAAAUGCAAUAAUUCCUCCCCCUUCUCUACCCGCUCCUACUACAGCUAUACCAGCUUCAACAGUAAAUGUUCCAUUUAGUUUGCCAGCAGCUUCCACACCCACAGCUUUUGUACCCGACGUUCCAGUACCUUCUACGAAUAGUUCGGUAUUUCCCAAAACUACUUGUACAUCAUUGGACGUGUCAUCGAUUAUUUCAAAAAGACUUAAUGCCAUGCGGAGGUUACAGGAAAAUCCCAUGGAUUCAGAAGCCAUUAAAAUGAUGUAUAACUCCCAAAAGGAAAUGAGUUCAUGGGCUUCAUCCAAACACUUGCCAGGACAAUUUACCGGCAGUACGGGUGUUAAUGUCCUAAAGCCAAACGAACUAAACUCCGGCCCACAGGUAUGGGCACGUAGGGAUCAAUUAACCUCAACAAAACCAGUAACCGGUGGCAUGGGUAUGCAUCUACUGCAAAAAAUGGGCUGGAAACCAGGUGAAGGCUUAGGACGUGAAAAGAAUGGUUCUUUGCAACCCCUAUUGCUCGAUGUGAAACUGGAUAAACGUGGUCUAGUGGCUCAAGAAGAUUGCAAUCGUAAAGGUAUACCCAUGAAGAAACGCAGUGGCGGACCCCACAAUGCCCAAUUAGCUCAACAAAAUCUCGAAGAAAAACAUCCUGUCUGUCUACUCAAUGAAUUGACUUCGAAACGCAAAUGGACACCACCGCUCUAUACGCUGGUCAACGAAAAAGGACCCUCACACAGUAAAAUGUUUUUAUUUUCCGUGCAGGUUAAUGGACAAACAUUUACGCCCGAACGUGCUAGCAAUACCAAGAAAGAAGCAAAAAUGAUAGCAGCCAAACAUUGUCUACAACAAAUUGGCAUAUUGCCAGCGUGUUAGCAUUAAAUAAAACAAACAAAAACAAAAACAUGUUGUAAAUACAUGUAAACCAAGAAAAAUUGAUUUUUGUAUUUUUUAGUAAAUUUUGGAAUUACUAUUAAAUAAGGCCAUCGUCAUCAACAUCCAUCAUCUAUCAUCCACUUAGAGACGCGUGUGUUAUUUAUUUAUAUUCGGCUAAAGAAUAUGUCUAAAAAAAUGAAAGAAAAUACUAUUUAAAUGCUUUAAGACUUUUUUUGUAUGUUAUUUGUAAAAUAUACAUAUAUAGUUAUUAUAUAUUUAAAGUAUAGAGUUUUAUUUAAUCUUCUACUCUACUACUUUUUACUUCUUCUUUUUUAAGUUUAAUAAGUUUAAAUAAAAUGUAAAUAAACAGAUAAAU